AUGUCUACAUUUGAAGACGAUAUUGCUGCUGUUGUCAUUGACAACGGAAGUGGAAUGUGUAAGGCGGGAUUUGCUGGAGAUGAUGCACCACGUGCUGUGUUUCCUGCCAUUACUGGACGACCACGUUACGAUGUGGUCAUGACCGGUAUGGGCGCCAAAGAGUGCUAUGUUGGAGACGAGGCUCAGAACAAACGCGGGAUUCUAUCUCUAAAGUACCCGGUGGAACACGGAAUCGUCACCAACUGGGACGACAUGGAGAAGAUCUGGCACCACACCUUCUAUAACGAGCUUCGCGUGGCGCCGGAGGAACAUCCGGUCAUGUUGACAGAAGCACCACUUAAUCCUAAGGCAAACAGAGAAAAAAUGAUACAGAUCAUGUUCGAGACUUUCAACACCCCUGCCUUCUAUGUGGCGAUACAGGCUGUUUUGUCUCUGUAUGCCUCAGGACGAACCACGGGCAUCGUGUUUGAUGCCGGGGAUGGUGUGUCACACGUGGUACCUAUCUACGAGGGUUACGCCCUCCCUCACGCCAUCAAACGUGUAGACUUGGCAGGUCGUGACCUCACAGCCUACCUCCAGAGGAUCCUCCACGAAAGAGGAUACAACUUCACAAGUUCAUCCGAAAUGGAGAUUGUACGGGAUAUGAAGGAGAAACUGUGCUACGUGGCUUUAGACUUUGAAAAUGAAAUGACACUAGCAUCAUCGUCUUCUACAGUCGAGAAGUUGUACGAACUUCCGGAUGGUGAAGUUAUUACCAUUGGCAACGAAAGGUUCCGAUGUCCGGAAGUCCUCUUCCAGCCAUCGUUUAUAGGAAUGGAAUCUAACGGAGUCCACGAGCAUCUACACAACUCAGUCAUGGGUUGUGAUAUUGACACUGCCUUCUACGUGGCGAUACAGGCUGUGUUGUCUCUGUAUGCCUCAGGACGAACCACGGGCAUCGUGUUUGAUGCCGGGGAUGGUGUGUCACACGUGGUACCUAUCUACGAGGGUUACGCCCUCCCUCACGCUAUCAAACGUGUAGACUUGGCAGGUCGUGACCUCACAGCCUACCUCCAGAGGAUCCUCCACGAAAGAGGAUACAACUUCACCACUUCAUCUGAGAUGGAAAUUGUACGCGAUAUGAAGGAGAAAAUGUCGUACGUUGCUUUGGACUUUGAGAGUGAAAUGACAUUAGCAUCGAAGUCUUCUACAGUAGAGAAAUCUUACGAACUUCCUGAUGGUGGUGUUGUUACCAUUGGUAACGAAAGGUUCCGGUGCCCAGAGGUUCUCUUCCAGCCAUCAUUUAUAGGAAUGGAAUCUAACGGAGUCCACGAGCAUCUACACAACUCAGUCAUGGGCUGUGAUAUUGACACUGCCUUCUACGUGGCGAUACAGGCUGUGUUGUCUCUGUAUGCCUCAGGACGAACCACGGGCAUCGUGUUUGAUGCCGGGGAUGGUGUGUCACACGUGGUACCUAUCUACGAGGGUUACGCCCUCCCUCACGCCAUCAAACGUGUAGACUUGGCAGGUCGUGACCUCACAGCCUACCUCCAGAGGAUCCUCCACGAAAGAGGAUACGACUUCACCACUUCAUCUGAGAUGGAAAUUGUUCGCGAUAUAAAGGAAAAGAUGUCGUACGUAGCUUUGGACUUUGAUAGUGAAAUGACAUCAGCAUCGAAGUCUUCUACAGUAGAGAAAUCUUACGAACUUCCUGACGGUGGUGUUGUAACCAUUGGUAACGAAAGGUUCCGGUGUCCAGAGGUUCUCUUCCAGCCAUCUUUUAUAGGAAUGGAAUCUAACGGAGUCCACGAGCAUGUACACAACUCAGUCAUGGGCUGUGAUAUUGACAUCAGACGGGAUCUCUACAGCAAUAUCGUCAUGUCCGGCGGAAGUACUAUGUUUCCAGGCAUGGCAGAUCGAUUUAAGAAAGAAUUAGACGGCAUCGUGCCUAACAAUGUGAAGGUAAAGGUCAUUGCACCCCCAGAAAGGAAGUAUUCGGUGUGGAUCGGUGGAUCUAUCCUGGGAUCUCUGUCCUCAUUCCAUCAGAUGUGGAUCUCAAAACAGGAGUACGAUGAAUGUGGACCAGGGAUCGUCCACAGGAAAUGUUUCUAG